CACGUGAUUACUGCUCCAUCCUCGCCAUUUUGAGCGUAGCGUGAGAGAAAGAGAUCACUUUUACUGCAAAGGAGAAAGCUCAAAGUCUUUCAUGUGCUGAGGCCAAAGAUCAUUAAGAAUUGCUGGAUCAGUAUGGAGGAGAGCAGCAGUGUGGCCCUCCUGGUCCCGCACACACGGGAGCCGCAGGACGUGGCGUUCAGCCCAGACCUGGGGGCCGCCCUUGGGGCUCACCUGCAGGACGACAGCGGCAAGCAGAGGCAGGCCACCGACUCCCUGAUCCAAGUGAUCGAGAAACUGAGCAAAAUCGUGGAGAAGCGGCCCAGGAGGUGCUCGCUGUCGGGCAGGAAGAGGCCCCACCUGCCCUGCGCCCCCGUCCCACUGCAGGACAACAGGGGGGAAGACGAGGACACCCCCUCCAAAAAGGCCAAAGGGGGCGAGGAGCCCGUGGAGGAGAGUUACCCACUGGAGGGGGCGCAGGACGCCUGUGGUCACAGGACAGUCACCUGCUACCAGUGCAGCCUGUGCAGAUACACGUCUCCUGCCCUAUCCCAGCUCAAAGAGCACCUUCAGCAGCACGACGAGCAGCAGAACGACAUCAUACUCGUCUGCUCCGAGUGCUGCUUCACCUCCCGCCAGCAGGAGGAGCUAGAGGCACACAUCAGGGAGCACUUGGGAGACGGCGCUAAAGACAGCCCAUCAGAGCUGCAGAGCAGCCUGGAGAAUGGGACCGAGUUUUUCAGAGAGGAGGCAGGUGGCCAGCGAGAGAAUCCAGAAGAUGGGGAGCCCAAAGCCAACCACGAAGGUGGGGCGGAGGAAGAGCCCCAGAGGAAGAAGUGGUACAGCUACGAGCAGUAUGGCAUGUACCGCUGCUUGAUCUGCAGCUACGUGUGUGGCCAGCAGCGCAUGCUGAAGACCCACGCCUGGAAGCAUGCUGGCUUGGUGGAUUGCUCCUACCCCAUAUUUGAGGACGAGACAGAGAGGCCCCUCGCGCAGGUCCCGGCCCCCUCCGAGGAGGCGGUGGUGGUCCUGACAUCUGUGAGCGGUGCACCCGACCCCCUGCACGGGACCUCCUCCUUCCAAAUCAACCUCUGCCCCACCCCGGCCGACUGCCCGGAGAAGCCUGCCCAGGAGCCAGAGGAGGCCGACGCUCCCAAAGUCCCCGAGGCGGAGGAGCCGGUGGUGGAGGUGCAGGUGACCACCGAGCAGGAGCAGGAGCCCUCCAGCCUGGACAGCCUCCUCUCCUCAGCGCAGAAGAUCAUCAGCUGCAGCCCAAACACCGCCGGCCACGUCAACGUCAUCGUGGAACGUCUCCCUGGGGCGGAGGAACCCGUGGCCAGCAAACCCUUCAUCAUGAGUCAGGACCCAGAUGCCAGCAAACCCUUCGUCAUGAGCCAGGACCCAGAGGCCAGUGAGAGGCUUCUGGAGGAGGAGGAGCCGCACCCAGUGUACUACGAGGAGGAGGAGGUGGUGAUUGGGUGGUGCCACGGCGACCCGCAGCAGGGCGGGGCAGAGCCGCCCGAGGAACUCCCGGCGGACGAGAACGUGCCCCCGGCCCGGAGGAGGACCCACUCUGAGUCGCUACGGCUGCACUCUCUGGCCGCCGAGGCCCUGGUCGCCAUGCCGACGCGCACACCCGAGCUGAUGAAGGCCAGCAUCAAGAGCAUCGUGGAGCUGAGCGCCCAGGGUCCCGGCUUCGUGGAGCUCGCCUCAGCCGGAGAGGACGAGGCGGGCAGGGCGCUGGUGGGCCUGGAGCUGCAGGACCCGCCCAAGGACGGCGUCUCGGAGGGCCCGGCCAAGACGGGCAUCAGCCUGUCCCUGCUCACCGUCAUCGAGAAGCUUCGCGAACGCACCGACCAGAACGCCUCCGACGAGGACAUCCUGAAGGAGCUGCAGGACAACGCCCAGAGCCAGCCGGGCGGGGAGGGCCCCCCGCCUGAGGGGAACCUGGUGGAGUUCAUCCCCGACAGCGACCGGCCCUACCGCUGCCGCCUGUGCCGCUACAGCAGCGGGAACAAGGGCUACAUCAAGCAGCACCUGCGGGUGCACCGCCAGAGACAGCCCUACCAGUGCCCCAUCUGCGAGCACAUCGCCCAGGACAGCAAGGACCUGGAGAGCCACAUGAUCAACCACUGCAAGACCCGGACGUACCACUGCAAGCAGUGCGCCGAGACCUUCUACUACAAGAGUCAGCUGAGGAACCACGAGAGAGAACAGCAUGGACUGGGAGACUCCACAGCGACGCUCAUACCCGUCACCGAAACGACGGCAGCCAUGGAGGAGUGUGAUGAGAAGACCGCUGAGGAGGAUGCUUGCAGUGCCCAGAAGUUCUACAAGUGCGACGUGUGCGACUACAGCAGCUCCACGUACGUUGGGGUCCGCAAUCAUCGGAGGGUCCAUAACUCGGACAAGCCUUACAGGUGCUGCAGUUGUGAUUUUGCUACAACCAACAUGAACAGCCUGAAGAGCCACAUGAGGAGGCACCCCCAGGAGCACCAGGCUGUGCAGCUGCUGGAGCAGUACAGAUGUUCCAUGUGUGGCUAUGUGUGCAGUCACCCUCCGUCUCUCAAGUCUCACAUGUGGAAGCACGCAGGUGACCAGAACUACAACUACGAGCAGGUCAACAAAGCCAUCAACGAGGCCAUCUCACAGAGCAGCAGGUCUCCCAGCAUCCCUCAGAAAGCCGCCACCGUGCCGGGGGAGGCGUGCGCGCUCUCCAGCGGAGAGGAAAGAGCCACGCCCGGCUCGGACCCUCCAGCCGCGGAAACCGGCGGAGCGGGCGCACCCCUGACGUCAACGGAGACGGCCCAGCACGGAGGGACCCCCGGCGCCCCCGAGAAGAUGGCCGCCCACUCCAGAGCGGGCAUGGAGUACUGCGUGCUGCUCUUCUGCUGCUGCAUCUGCGGCUUCGAGUCUCCCAGCAAAGAGCGGCUGAUGGAGCACAUGAAGGAGCACGAGGGAGAGAUCAUCAGCAUCAUCCUCAACAAGGAACAGCAGGGAGCCCAAACGGCAGCCCCCAGUGUAGAGCCCUGAGGGACCCCCACAGACCCAAUGGCAACCUGCACUGCCCCAGCACCUCUCCCAAGGCCCCCCACAGUCCCUCAGGAGUAUAUACCCACAUUUAUUCUGAGGGUAUCCUUAUUGAAUCUGUGUGCCAUCUCUGGUACUCUCCCCCUCUCUUACAGUCCCUUUAUCUCCCUCUCCUUUCCCCUCCUUCCUCUCUUUCCAUCCCUCUCAACAUGGCGACCAUCAGUUUCACUUAGCCUUUGAUCAUCCUUUUUCAGGAGGAUAAUAAAGGGAUGGUUGGUGUGGAAACAUCCUUUACUAAGGCCAUUGGAACCUUCAUUUUCAAAGGAAUCUUAAUUUUUUUAAACUGUAAUGGUUAUAUACACUUUUGGAUUACUAUUUGGUUAAAGGGGCAGUUCAACCAAAAAUGAAAUUAAAGAAUGUUUUCACUUACUCAGAGUACUAACCAUCAUCCAGAUAGUUAGCUAAGAUGUGAUGAAUUUAAGAUUUCACAAGUUUAGAUGCAGUUCACCAUGAUAUAAUGGACAUCUAUGGACCACUAAUUUUUUGGUGAUCUCCAACCGACUCACCAAUUGUGUCCACGCAAGGAGUAUUUUCCACCGAAGCACACCAGUAUUCUGGGGCAAAGUGUCAAUUGUUUUGAUCAGUAUUUUAGCCAUCUGUUUGCUGUGCUUGGCUUGCAUAUUGAAGUGGUGUACAUUAGCCAGCUGUGAACUUUAGUUCAAGACAAUGUAGACGUCGGACUACAUAGACGACAAACACUUUGCCCCAGAAUGCUGGUGUGCUUCUGUGGAAACUUCUGUUUGCACAGACACAGUCAGUGAGUACAGGCAAUAGAAUAAAUAGGUUUUGGAUUAAAAUUAUUUGUCAGCACAUUGAUUACCAGAAAAGAUCAGGUCCAUAGAGGUCUAAAAUCUAAAAAAUCAUCUAAAAAAAGGUUUCUGCACAACUAUUUGGAUGCAUAGAUAGUAAGUAGACUCUUGGUAAGUGAAUUUCGUUUUUAGGCAAACAGCCCCUUCUGACAGUUGAAUACCUCAUUAAACCAGUAUUUCAGAGUAAAAAUAGUGUUCGGCCCAUCGUAUUGGGCAUAAACGGUAUGAAUGGUAAGAAGGCAGCUUCUCAUGAAUCACUCAACACUGUAAUAUUUAAUCUAUACACAAACCCAUACAUUUAUUCAUAUUUAAGGUUGCACCCCUUUAAGCUUGGUAGGAAACUAGUCGCUUGCCACAGUAUGAGUCACAAUUUAUAUUUACGUUAAUAUUUAUUUAAUUUGUUUGUGUCAUUUUAUGAUAUUUCCACACAAAGACAUGCAUUAAACAUCGUGUGUAUGGUGCUAUUGAACUGUUAAUGCUGUAGAAUGCUCUUAGGCAAAAAGUAACUUGAGGAAUGUAUCAUAUGUAUCCUAAAAGUUUGGGAUAAACUUUGGAUGGUGGGUAGCUUGUCAUGUUUAUAGGUUUGUGUCAUGAGCCACAUCUAGGUAAUGUAACCAUAACAUUCUCAUGGUCUGUGGUCCAACAUUCAUACCCAUACAUUUGUAGUUAUCUGACUCACAGGCUAAUGGGUAAUAUUGGUACAAUUUUAAAUGACAAGUGCUAAGCAACAACAUAUAAUUUUAUAUUAAGUUUGAUUUGGUACAAUCAUACCCAAGUGGUCAGUUGACAGGAAAUUAUCGGUAGCUAUUAGUGUUUCUCAUGAGGCGUAUUGUACAUGAUUAAAUAUGAAUCACCUUGACAUUUCAGCUCAUUUCCAUUACUUUGAAGCAUAUUACAACUUAAUAUUUAAAAAGUUCUCAGAACCAAAAAGAUGAUUUUUAUAUCACUUCAUAAUUAAGGUAUUAAAGUCAAAGGAAUUUAUUGAGCAUCUCUCAUUGGUGUGGUCCUCUCAGCAACAUGCAGCUAUUCAAUAUCUGAACCCAAAUAAUUUCAGUUCCCAUAGAUUCAAUUAUUAUUAUUAUUAUUUACUAUGCUGCUUACUUAAAAUGACUGACAUUACCAUUUCAAUCUUUUACUAAAGAUUUCUUAAAAACAUGCUAUUGCUGCAGAAAAAUGUUUGUUGGGCAAACUGGUGGUGGGAUUGAAAGUCUGAUAUUGUCAGCCCUUUAUCUAAAAUGUGGUCAUAUCUAGGUUUGAUGUGUGUGCAUGUAUGGGUGCACGAUUUAGCGUGUCUAAACAUAAGUAUAUUCCACAGCUGUUGGAUUCACUUGAAUGUAUUUUCUAAUUAUAUUGAAUUGUAAAUCAUUUAACUGACAUUAAUUGGGAAUUUUUGUCAGGGGUGUUCACUGUUCAAACUAGUAAAACAUGACCUCCCCAUGUAGUUUAAUGUAUAUUGUCUUAUUUAUGCUGAAAAUAUACUUUGAUUCAUUUCCAUAAUUAUACCGUUUUGGGUCAAAGGGGUUAAAAUGAAUAUGAUAUUCUAAAGUGGCUUCUGCAUUGCAUUUACCAGUAUAUAUUAAAUAUUAAUAUCUGUUUGGCAUUCUGACAAUGUGAUUAAAAUACCAGCCGAUUUCCCCCCCCCCCCUCAUUUAAUUUACAAAUUAGGACACGAGUCCUGAACAGGGUGACAGCUUGAAUUUUAGUUACACUUGCAAAUGUACGUGCAAACAGCCUGUUUUUGCAAUUGAAUGACCUCUUUGGUAUAUUAAAGCAAAGGAAACUGAACAAAGUCAAUGUCUCUGCAGGUUUCUGCAGGCAUUGUCUAUUGGAUAUCUUUUGUAAUGGCACUUAUGUCAGAACAUGUUUUUAAAUCUAUGUAGAUAUCACUUAUUUACUGUUAUUUUGCAGUGGAUGGACUGUAGUGCAGCAAAGUAUAUUCAUGUGUGUAUAGUUUGAUUUUGUUACCUUUAACAUAAAUGAAAGAUUUGGACUUUGAGGUUUCUUGUUUUUGUAUAACAGGAAUGCAACCAUAGAUGUGAAGUGCAGUAUUCAUCAAGAUACUGAAUACAGAGGCAGCCUGUAGCAUAGUGGCUAAGCUAUAUGACUGGACCCCGAAGUUCUGUGGUUCAAUCCCCAGUGUAGCCACGAUAAGAUCCCCGCAGUUUUUUGGCCCUUGGGCAAGAACCUUAACCCCACAUUGCUUAGUCCAAUCAACUGUAAGUCGGUUUGGAUAAAAGUGUCAGCUAAAUAACAUGUAAUGUGAUACAGAAAUAAGCAACAGAUUGAAUUCCUGACUGAAGAGUGAAACGGCACAUUUGAGCCUUCCUUAGACAGUGUUGUGGUGCAUGUGGCAGCUCGGCUCCUGACAAUACUCCGUAUGUGUCGAUGCACAUAUAUAUAUAUAGCCACACGCAUACCUCAUGGAUGUGUCAGAAUAUAAUGCAAAUGCCUGUGUGCAUGUCCACACAUCUCAACACGCUUCAUAAUCUGUGGUUGCGAUCCUGUGCAAAUUUUGAUUCUUGGAGGAUGCCAUUUGAGCAGCUUGUACCCUGUAUGGUUGUUGUAAACAGCAUUCAUUCCUUGCCUAGUGUGCCAGAUUUUGAACCUCUUCCAACCCAGAUUUUUGAAUAACAUUUUGCAUUGUGGGAUGUGAUGCUACAGGUUAAAAAAAAAGAAAAAAAAGUCCUUUUGAAAUUUGGCCAUGGACAAGAAAUAGUCAAAUGCAUAAAAACAUUACUGAAGGCUCCAAAAAAAACGGUCUCUGUAACAAAUUCAGAAGGUUUCUAGUUGGGAUUUCAGUUUUUCAGUAAACCAUGUUUAGCCCCAGUCCUUGCCAUGGGCAGGAUUCUUUUUUGCAGACCUUUUCCCUUUUUAAUUUUUGCCCUUCGUGUUACCUCGUUACGUUGUUGAAUAUUUUAAAUAUUAUUUUUUCAUUGCACCGAAGGCUCAAACCCAGAAAUUCCAUUGUAGGGAAUCAAUCAAAUCCAUCUGCUAUCUGUUUGAGUUGCCCGUUUAUAAUAGUCAUCUUUGCAAUUUAACACCCACAACACAAAUCAGAGAUGGGCAAGCAUACGGUUUCUCCAUGUGGCACACAUGGCAGAGUAAUGACCCUGCUUUUUUAGACCUUUUUUGUGGCCAUUUUGUUUCCAUUUUAGACUGUGUUGUAAGUGUGUGGAAAAUGACUAUUCAUGUCUAGGAACAGAUUUAUAUACUGUGCAUUGCCUUCAAUCUUUGAGGCAGAGCUUUGUGUCUGUGUUUAGUUACAGCAGUGAAGCAGAGCUUUGUGUCUGUAGUUGAUUACAGCAGUGAAGCGGAGCUUUGUGUCUGUGGUUGAUUACAGCAGUGAAGCAGAGCUUUGUGUCUGUGGUUAGUUACAGCAGUGAAGCAAAGCUUUGUGUCUGUGGUUAGUUACAGCAGUGAAGCAAAGCUUUGUGUCUGUGGUUAGUUACAGCAGUGAAGCAGAGCUUUGUGUCUGUGGUUAGUUACAGCAGUGAAGCGGAGCUUUGUGUCUGUGUUUAGUUACAGCAGUGAAGCAGAGCUUUGUGUCUGUAGUUGAUUACAGCAGUGAAGCGGAGCUUUGUGUCUGUGGUUAGUUACAGCAGUGGCUCAGAAUGUGGUAGUGCCGUUUAUUUUAGGCUUUAGUAGAUCUAGUUAAGGGACACGUGAGGCCAGUGUUGCAGCAGAUCCUAGGUAUAAGAAUCAAACACAGACCUCAUGGAAGUUUGCUUGGUUUCCUGUACAAUACAAAAAAUAAACUUUAUUUUUAUUUUUUAUUAAGCCUAUGAAAUUUCGGACUUUUCAACCAGAGAAAAGUUUUGCAGUGCCCUCAAAUUGUUUACACCCUAAAUCGUACCAGGCUGUAUUUGAAUUUUCAAACGUGAACAUAUAAUACUUCUAAAUUCUCUGAACCAAAAUAAAAGUAAUAUUUUUUCUGGACAUAAAUUCCCUCUCCCCCAAAAAGUACAACAUUUUAACAUUACCAAAUCAUCUUCUGUAAUUUUUCUUAUUUUUUUUAUGAACUUGAAGUGAUGUCUCGUGGUAGAUUUGGAGUGUGUCCAUAAGAAUCAACUGAGUGUGGUGGUCUUUAACUGAUCUGGGAUUUUAGUUUCCCAAACCAUACCUCAGCUGUAAUGGUUUCCUUUACCAGGCACAUUUACCACUUUAAAAAUGUAAUUAUUGCCCUGAAAUUGAUAUACUUUUGUUUAGUAACCAUCUGACUCAAGGGAAAUAAUUGAAAUUGAAGCAAGAACCCUCUUGUUUCAUAGAGUUUCAUUUCAUAGAGUAGAAUUAAAUGGUCUUUUUUUGGGGCAUACAAAAUGAGCCAUUGCCUGUAUUUUAUGAAGCCUUCUUUUGCAAUAAUCUUCCAGGGCAUGAAUAAUUUGAGGGGGCUGUGUCCAUCUAUUGUGCCGUUUCAGAAACACUUGACGUCACAUUUUCCGUUUCACUAACGGACAAGGCAUUUGCAGGACAUUGGACUAAAAUUCAAGCAUACAACAUGUAGUAGGAGCAUUAUAGUGAAGUGUCCACUGGUGUGCCUUUUUAUGUUCUUAUGCUCAGUUUCAUAAGAAUACCCUUUCAAAUUCCCAGAGAAUGAAUAUGUAGGUAUGCCUCAAAGCAGGAAUGUUCACCUGCUCCAGCAUUUCACUUUUAUAUCACAAGGUCUGGGUUUCGCUGAUCAAACUGCGCAGCGAUUGAUUCUGUGAUGUACAUCAACCUGUCUGGUACUAUUCGGAUUUAUACAGGAUUGCAUAUAUAAAUGUAUAUAGUAUUGCAAACUUCUUUUCUUUUGUUUUUUAAAGAAUAUCUAUUUUUUAAAAUGUCUUGUAAAAACACUAAGAACAUUUAAACUAAAAACAAAUGCUUUUUAGCCAAAGUGUAGAUCUAUUAUGGCAGGCUUAAGUACUCUUUCACUGCGACUUGAGGGGUUUAUAUUUGUAAUUGAAUUCAGCACAUUAAGCUGCAUGCCUUAAUGCCAAAGCAGUGAAGACGGACUUGAUCUCCUCGUUCACCCAGUUGUCCACCGUUUUAAAUAAAUAUUGUAACUGCCUUCAAGUUUGUGAUGUUAGAUUAAUUUAUUUUGCAUAGACUUCCGUUAUCUUCUGUUAUUGUUAUGACAUUGCAUUGGUAAU